AUGGGUGAAAGGAGGUCAUAAUGAUCUGCUGCACAAAGAGUAUGCUAUGAUGACCAGGUGUACGUAGUAGAGAAGCAUAAAAGAUGAAUGCAAAACAUUCCAGUUGCUAUGAAUUUUUAUCAAGAAAUGGACUCAUUAUAAGCGUUUUGGUUGGUGUGGGGGUGGGGUUCACCUUAGGAUUUGGUCUUAGAGUCGUGGAACCUUCAGAUGAUGCACUCACAUGGAUAGGUUUACCAGGAGAAAUAUACAUGAGGAUGCUGAAAAUGACAAUUCUUCCUUUAGUUGUGUCUACUAUCAUUACAGGCACAGCUCGAAUGGACCCGAAAUCUAACGGCAGGAUUAGUGCUCUUUCCUUUGGUUACAUAAUAAUCACCAACACAAUAGGAGCUGUCAUUGCUAUCCUGUUAUUCCUUAUCAUUCAGCCGGGUAAAGAUCUGGAGAUUUCGGGAUCAGAUUAUAGCGAUUCUAUACAGACAGACAUUGAGACUAGUGAUAUGUUUGCCGACAUGAUCAGAAAUCUAUUUCCUGAUAAUUUGGUUACUGCUUGUUUCCAGAAGGCUCAGACAAAAUAUUCCCAAUCUACACGAGUUUUAAUGAUGAACGGGACCAAUAGUUCGGUUACAGUUGUUCAUAAAUCUGUUUCCUCCACAGGAGGUCUAAAUAUACUAGGCCUUAUCAUCGCCUGUACUCUUUUUGGCAUCACAGCCAGUAAGCUAGGAAAACGUGCGGAUCCAUUCACAGAAUUUUUUGAAACCAUUUCCAUCAUUGUCAUCCAUCUCUUAAAUUGGAUUAUUUGGAUGACCCCUGUUGGAGUUGCAAGCCUUAUUGCUACAGCAAUUCUGAAAGCGUCCGAUAUAGAAAACGUCUUCAGCAGUCUGGGAAUGUUUGUUUUGGCUCAUUCUGUUGGAAACAUUUUUCAUCAGUUGGUCCUCAUUCCGAUUACUUAUUUCAUAGCUACCAGGAAAAAUCCUUUCCUCUUCCUUGGCGCCUGUCUCCGACCCUGGUUAACUGUAUUUGGGCCGCCAAGCACUGCAAUUGGUAUACCAGAAAUGCUGAAAACACUCGAUGUUAAGCUUCAUAUCGAUACCAGAAUAUCUAAUUUCCUUGUUCCUGUGGGAGCUACUUUGGAGAGAUUGGGAAGCUGUAUAUUCAUCUGUUUAUCUGCCUUGUUUAUGGUACAGUUAGAAGGAAUGUCUUUAGGGGCCUCUAAGAUACUCUUAAUUGGGUUGUUGUCUUCCGUGGGCUCCCUGGCUGUUCCCUCUGUCCCCAGCGCCAGCAUUGUCUCUGUCUUAGUCGUUCUGUCUUCACUAGAUGUCCAAGUACAUAACAUAGGUCUUCUGAUGGCACUGGAAUGGUACAAUGACCGUAUCCGGACUACAAGCAACACGAUGACCAUUAUAAUCGGCGCCGUGGUGAUAGACAGACUAUGUAGCUCUAGUCUGAAUUCAGCUGAGGACAACAGCCUCAAGGAAUCUCCAACAAUGGAGUCAGAGGUCAAAAUAAACACUCAGAACAACACAGCAAGGACGUCCGAGGUCAAUGUCAAAAUGGACAACGAAACUGCCUCUACGAGGUUUUAGAGCUAAUUUU